AUGGAAAGAGAGCAGAAGAAAAAUGUUAAGGAAUUUCAGGAAGAUAUCCUUGGGGAGAUCAUCUCCCGCUUGCCCUUGAAGGUUGUUGUUCAAUGUAAACUUCUAUCCAAGAAAUUUAACCGUAUGAUUUCUCAGCCUGAAUUUUCCCAAACUUUGUUCCAACGUCAUAAAGACACUUCUCCACAACUCAUCUAUUCAAUAUUUAAUGGGUUUGCAUUAAAACAAUUCCGCAAAAUCUCCUUAAACCCAAUCACUCAAUCUGUGACGACUUUACCCGAUGAAGUUGAGAUUUUGGCCUCAUGUAAUGGUCUCAUUCUCAUUGACUUUGAACGAGUUAUGCAUUACUGUGUUUUCAAUCCCACAACUAGAGAGCACCAAUUGAUACCAUACCCAAAGUCUUCUGCAAAUGGUUUCGAAAGAACAGGACUAGCGGUUGAUUACCCAAAUUCAGAUCAAUACAAAUUGGUAACCAUCAGUAACCUAGUUGAAAAUUCCAACUUGUUCUACAAAUUUCACCUAAUUUCAUCGGAGCAAUCUGGCUUGUGGCGUGAAAUCCAACUGAGAAUUAAUAAUUUCCUAUCUAUACCCUUUGGUAGUCCACCUGUUUAUUGGCGUGAUUCUCUGUAUUGGCUCAGAAGUGACGGUAGUGUUCUAGCUUUUGAUACGAAGAGAGAAGAGGCUAUGCUAAUUGACCGUCCUGAGUUUCUUGACUUAUAUGAUCGCAGCUACGGUAAAAUUUUGACUGGCCAGGAUAUAUGGCUAGGGAUGGCGCACGGUUUACUUACCCUUGUAUUCAUUUUCAGAAUGUACAUAGUCAUUGCUGCUUAUGACAGUGCUAACAGACGUUGGAGGAUUACCCACACUAUGGACAACUUUAUUUUAGGUCCGGAAGGCUUCAUUAAGGGGUUUCCAGUAUGGAUCGACAGCAAGCAAGUGUCUUUUCUGGUAGAACGUCCCUUGACACAGAAUCAUGAUCUAUUCGAGUAUGAUACUAAUACCAAUGUGUACGAAAAUACUGCAGUGUUACACAGAGUUAACUAUCCCAUGUAUUGCUUCCGCCCGACGUUAGCUUUUGUCCAUACGACGCCCUUCAAUGAUGUAACGGCUGAUCAUCAGGCGCAUAUUGCUGCAAAUUUGUAUGACAUCAGAAGAUUUAUUAUCGAAGGUAUAUCCAAUAUCCAAGAAGAAAGUUCAUCUUCAUCUUCAUCUUCAUCAUCAUCAUCAGAAGAAGAAGCGGGAGAAGGAGAAGAAGCAGGAUAAGGAGGAGAAGAAGA